AUGCUGAAUAGAAAAAUUAUUUUAUCCCAGGAGACACAAAAAAAAUCGUUCGAUAUUGACGAUAGCUGCUUAUACGAUCCUAUGUCAAAUGUACACAAAACCAAUAACGAAAACAUCCAGACAGGAAAAGCACAUCUCCAAAUUACAAAGUCUAGUUCCAAUGUGGACUUCAUUAAAUGCCCUUCGAAACCAUUCCCGUAUUUAAUUGGCAAAAUUUCGCUCGAUGAUCAAUUAGUCAGUAAUUACAGUGAUGACAGAAUUUCCAAGCCUGCCCAAGGCAUCUUAAAUCCAAGAGAAAGAUUCCUUUCUGAGAAUACUAACAUCUCAGGAAUGCCAAAAAGUUCUUGUGAUACUGAAUCAAGAAUAGUAGGGGAACCUUCAAAAGAGAACCAGCAUUCAAAUCACUUAAUAACUGGGAAGAUGCAGGUCAAAAAUAAAGCUGACCAUCAAGUUUCAAAGAUAAAUAAAAAAGAGACUGGUAAAAUGUAUGCAGGCUUCCGUUUGGAUAAAACUUUGCCUACUACUACAAGUGCCGAUCAAACAACCCCGGAUGACAAUAUAAAGGGCCUAUUAGGAAAAGAUGAAAGUCAAAAAUCCCAGAGUAACUCUUGUUCGCGUUCGACGCAAAUUGUAUCAGACCCAACUUUGCUUCUCAAUGACGCAAAAACCGCCAAUGAUGAUGGCAACUUAACACCAAAAAACCAGAAAUCAUUUAAACCCAAAAUCAUAUACGAGAACACAUGGAAUAAAUAUUCAACACUAACAAAUACUUUUAACGAUGGUAGAAUUACCGCUUGCCCACAUGCUGAAGAGCCAAACAUUCUUCAGUCAAGCGAUAACCGCGUUGGUACAGUAUUACCGAUAGAUCAAACAAAUAAUGUACAAAGUUCUGGUCUACCCUUGUGGGCAUCAAGUCAUCGCCACGCAUGGUUACCCCCAGAAUAUAGAGGUCUCUACGGUAAGUCACUAGCAGCAGCCGGGUGGAUCAGAAAGUUCUUCGUGAUCACCAAGGAACGAGGGAGGAUACUCCGUGAACUUUAUAUCAAGCGGGACUCCAAGAGUUGCGACUCCUGCAACAUAUGUAUGCUAUUCAAAGACGAAUUUCUGGCGAAGCAUAAAAUACUGGUAUCUUUAGGCAGGGACGUGCAAAGAAGGCUGCCUGUGAUCAGUCAUUUAAUCCAACGCAGAGAUGAAGCGAUACACUCGAGGAUUAUUUUAUUGAGCGGAAAACAAUUGUGGACAGCCACAGCAUUGGAACGCACUCUAAUCAAAUACGAGAGGCUUAAUGCUCGAAUCGUAACAAUUUUGGAGGAGUUAUACAGAGUCCAAACUCUCGUAAUGACCAAUAUCUGGGAUAUUAUACAAAUCAUGGAUGAAAAUUUGCUGCUCCUUAAAUCAUAUCGCUAA